GACAGGUUUGGGCUAGACACCCGACCCAAGCGAACCGUUACACGUAUACCUCAUUGGUUUAUCCUUUUUUUUCUUUGAAGACUCCUCCCUCUCGCUCAACUCUCUCUCAACUCUCUCUCUCUCUCUAUAUCUGUUUAAUUUUCUUUUCCGAGUUACCGAUUGCUUUUGUGAAAACCCAAAGCACUUCAUUCUCACCAAACCCUAAUCUUGAAGCAAACAUCGAUCUUCAGAUUUCAUCUCCAACUCCUUUCAGGUCACAAGGACCUUGUCCACGAUCCAACACGACGGCUUCAUCAGGAACCAUGUCUCGUUCGCGGACUUACCAUUCACGAGGUGACCCUUUCCUCGGUGGGUGUAGGUCCUACUUCAAUAGAAACCACUCUACCAUCCCCAGUACCAAUAAUUUGAACAAUUAUAAUGACAAUGGCAACUGCAUUAGAAAUUACUACAAUUUCCAUGACUAUUCAAUGCUGUUUAACGAGUAUAACCACCAUGCUAAUUAUGUUAAGGAUGACCCUGCACCUUCUUUGAAAAGGAGAAAAUUUUCUGCCUCUUCUUGGGAAGACAGUCGGAGACACUUGCAACCCAAUGCUUAUAAUAAUGGCCCGUCUACAUGUGACAACAAUUUAGUCCUUCCUGCUCCUUCAAGACCCGAUGCCAAUGUAUGCAUGCCUACUGCCAGUAAGCGUAAUCGCGCAAAGUUUGAGGAUGAUGAUGUGGUCUUUAUGUCGAGGGAUGAGAUUGAGAGAUGCUCUCCAUCGAGAAAAGAUGGUAUUGAUGCACUGCAUGAAACACACUUGCGUUACUCGUAUUGUGCUUUCCUUCAGAAUCUUGGAUUGCGAUUGGAUUUGCCACAAACCACUAUUGGCACUGCAAUGGUAUUAUGCCACCGUUUUUUUGUUCGAAGAUCUCAUGCUUGUCAUGAUAGAUUUUUGAUUGCUACUGCUGCUCUGUUUUUGGCGGCAAAGUCUGAGGAGACGCCAUGCCCUUUGAACAAUGUGUUGCAAGCAUCAUGUGAAAUUUUCCACAAGCAGGACCUCGCUUCCCUCUUUUAUCUGCUCCCCCUUGAUUGGUUUGAGCAGUAUCGGGAACGGGUGAUUGAGGCUGAGCAAUUGAUAUUAUCAACUCUUAAUUUUGAGCUUAACGUUCAGCAUCCAUAUGCUCCACUUACAUCCAUUCUUGACAAAGUAGGCCUGUCACAAUCAGUUUUGGUGAAUUUGUCACUGUAUUUAAUCAGUGAAGGGCUUCGAAGCUCACUGUGGCUUCAAUUUAAACCAGAUCAGAUUGCUGCUGGAGCUGCAUAUCUAGCUGCCAAAUAUUUAAAUAUGGAUCUUGCUUCGCGCCAGAAUAUCUGGGUGGAGUUCCAAGCAUCUCCAUUUAUUCUUGAAGAUGUAGCGCAGCAGUUGAUGGAGCUAUUUUAGAAGAUGACAAAAGAUGACUAUAUAGUGGACUGCUGCUGAGCUUGAUGGUUAAUGUUAGCUAUGUGGGUAUAUAUAUAUAUAUAUGUUAGUUCAUUUUAUUUUUCGAGUAUGGCUUUUAAUGAUGAUUCAUAUAUACUAGUUCAUUGUCGGAUAGGUGAUGUUAAUUUUCAAGCUUUACCAGUGCACUUGCUGUACAAAUUAGGGUUUGAAAGGAGAGUUGUAAUGCAGAUGAAUGGUGGCAUUUGUCUCCCCUUUUGAACUAUGGGAUUGGUGACUUCAAAAGAGAAUUUUCGAUGAUAA